GUAGUUUCCGUUUCCACCAACUUUUCCUUUUCCGGUCCUCGAGGAGUCCGCGCCGGCCCGGUCUGCGGCUUCACCCCGGGUGUGGGAGGCGACGGAAUCAUGGCGAUGUUUGAGCAGAUGAGAGCAAACGUGGGCAAGUUGCUCAAGGGUAUCGACAGGUACAAUCCUGAGAAUCUGGCCACCCUGGAGCGCUAUGUGGAGACACAGGCCAAGGAGAAUGCCUAUGAUCUGGAAGCCAACCUGGCUGUCCUAAAGCUGUACCAGUUCAACCCAGCCUUCUUUCAGACCACGGUCACCGCCCAGAUCCUGCUGAAGGCCCUCACCAACCUACCCCACACCGACUUCACGCUGUGCAAGUGUAUGAUCGACCAGGCACACCAAGAAGAACGGCCGAUCAGGCAGAUUUUGUACCUCGGAGACCUGCUGGAGACCUGCCACUUCCAGGCCUUCUGGCAAGCCCUGGAUGAAAACAUGGACCUCUUGGAGGGUAUAACUGGCUUUGAAGACUCUGUCCGGAAAUUUAUCUGCCACGUGGUGGGCAUCACUUACCAGCACAUCGAUCGCUGGCUGCUGGCCGAGAUGCUUGGGGAUCUGACAGACACUGUUUGUGGCCUUGGGAACGCAGCCUUGAACAACACAGAAUGGCUCAGAUUCGUUCUCGUGGCAGUAGCACCACAGAUAAUGAAUGAGGAUGAGGUACUGGCGAUUGAACGAACCCAGGACCUCGUGCAUGCUAAGCUUGCGCUCUACCAUUUGAGCUAUACUCUCCCCCCUUGGAUAAUUUUGCCUUUUAAGGUGGAUUUUUUUGUGGGGUGUUAUUUGUUUAUUUUCAGUAGAAGCUAAGUUUUAUUGGACAGUUUGUCUCAGGCACUAUACUAAGUGCUUUACAUCCAGUAGAUGUUUUAUGUAUUUAAAAGUGAAAUUAAAUCAGAAGGGGAUGAGACAACCCUUAGAAUGGAGUGUAAAGAAAAGCAGAUGAAUCUAUCAAAUUGAUAAGUGUCACGCAGAAAAGAAUUAUUUCAACUAAUAGAACAUCUCUCUGGCCACACAUCCUUGCUGGCAUAUUUUCUAAGAGCAAA